AUAGAGCAUUUAUUCCAACAUUUGAUAACAUUUAACGACGCGUUCGCUCGGCUCGUCGUUAAAAAUGAGCGUUUCUAACAUUUUGUGCCAACUUACACCGACACCGCCGGUAGAAACCUUCGAAAUAAGAGCUCAAUGUUUUCCGCGCGUUUUACAACUACGAACACAGUUAGCUUAGGCUUCAUGCAUUAUACUGACUUGUUAAAAACUGAACGAGUAUACACGUUUCUGUGGUGGCUUGCGGAGUACACAAUAAAGUCGUCAUUACGAAACUACGAUCUAAAAGGAGUUAUAAAGAAGAGGAGACACUACUGAGACUGCAGAGAUGUCUAAUGCAAACAGUCAUGGGAAGCUGCUCCUGCAGCGCUUACAUCAGCAGCGGGAGAUGGACUUCUUGUGUGAUAUCACCAUCAUGGUGAGAGAUGUGGAGUUCAGAGCCCACCGCAACAUCCUGGCAGCGUUCAGCAAAUACUUCUCCUCCAGAGCCGAGAAGGGUCAGGAGAUCACGACUUUGGACCCUGACAAGGUCAGCCGCUAUGCUCUGGAGAAGCUUCUGGAGUUUAUCUACACUGGACAUAUGAACCUCAGCAGUACAAGACAAUCAGCUGUGCGUCGAGCUGCUGUGUUCUUGGGGAUGGCUGAGGCCACGAAGUAUCUUGAAGAAAUCACUCCCUGGUCCGAGCCCGGAGAGACGUCCCAGUCCGAGGCAGAUAAAGAAGCUGGUCUCUCUCCUCCCAGUCCAGCCUCUCCUGGCAGCCCCAGCUCACCUUUUCCCCUGUCCAUCGUUUCUGUGGCAGUGGGGGAAUGGCAGGAGGGGGAGGAGGGAACAAUUAAGGAUGAUGAAGGCAAAGAUUUAUACGGGGGAGAGGGAGGUGCAAGCGAUGAAGAGUUUAGCCCCACUACACAAAGGAGCAUGGGAAGAGGACAGGGGAGGAAGAGAGGCAGAAAACCAAAAAGUUUUGAUGGUGAGCUGGUGGAGCCAAGCAGCUCAGCUGAUGCUGCACCCAAAACCCUAGGCUACAGGGGUAGGGGGAGACCUAGAGGGAGACCCAGAGGUAGAGGCAGGGGGAGAGGGAGAGGUGUUACUAAAACAGAAGAUGUGUUGAUGGAGGAUUCUGAUACCAGUGUGAAAGAUUUUGGAGACAACUCAGCAGACUGGAGCCCCUCAAAGGAUGAAGAUGACGACAAUCCAGUGAAGAAACCCCGAAUGAGCAGCGGAACAGGGCGGAGAGGACGAGGCCGGGGGAGGGGGCGAGGCAGAGGGAGAGGGAGAGGAAGGGGGCGAGGCAGGAGGAGGGAUGACGACGACGACGACGACGAUGACGACGACGAUGAUGACGAUAGUGGCGAUGCAGGAACGGAUAACAACGGCGAACUGGAGGAGGGCGAGAUUGCGGAGCAGGAUCGCACAGAAAUGGACGAGCUGUCUCUGUUGUGCACCGAGUGUAACAAACUGUUUAAAGACGUGAGCAGCCUGCGCAGACACGAGAAAAUCCACAAGGGGCUCAAGCCGUUUGUCUGCAUCUUCUGCUCCAAAACCUUCAGACAAGCCACGCAGCUGAAAACUCACCUGCGCAUACACACAGGCGAGAAGCCAUUCAAUUGCUCCGAAUGUGAGAAGUGUUUUGCUCAGAAGUGUCAGCUGGUCGCUCACCGCCGGAUGCACCACGGAGAGGAGAAACCGUACACCUGUGAGCGCUGCGGUUUCAAGUUCGCUACCUCAUCCAACUACAAAAUACACAUCAGACUGCACAGCGGGGAGAAGCCGUACGUGUGUGACGUGUGCGGUCAGGCCUUCGCUCAGUCCAGCACACUGACCUAUCACAAGCGGCGACACACGGGAGAGAAACCGUACCAGUGUGAUCUGUGCGGCAUGUCCUUCUCCGUUUCUUCUUCUCUCAUCGCUCACGCACGGAAACACACAGGUGAGACUCCGUACAAAUGUCCACAGUCGUCAUGUGAUGCAAGUUUUGUGACGUCCUCGGAGCUGAAGAAACACAUGAGGAGGCUUCAUCCAGAGGGGAACAACGGGGUGCAGUGUCUGCUGUGUGGCAACAGGUUCGCCAGCGUGAAGAACAUGAUCAAACAUCAGGAGAAAGCUCACGCUGAUGAGGUGCGGCAACACAAGGAGAGAGCGCGAGCAGUCGUCCUCCUGGCCUCCAGUCAUCCUGUGGCCUUCGUCCAGAGCAAACUCUCCAACGACAGCAAAGGUUUGGCUUCCAUCCCUGAAGGUGAGCCCUCCAACCCCGAACCACUCACCCCCAACCCAAAAGCCACAGCGCCGUCCACAGCCACCACCUCCACAGAAGCUUCCACCGCCCAAACCAUAAUCCAGGACUUUAAAGUGGAGCCAGCUCACCCGCCAAUCAGCACCGCCGACCAGGUGACCUUCGAGGCCGACACGGAGCAGACCAUCAACUCGGACACCCUUCACGCGCUGGUGGAGCAGCUGCGGCCGCCGCCCUCCCCCGCACAAAGCCUGGAGCAGAUCGUCAUCAUCAGGACGGUGGACGACGACGACCAAAACCCGCAGCAGUGACAGCUGAGCCGCAGAGAGGUCACGCUGCUUGAACAUACAGUCAGCCUCACUCACAUCCCCCCCUACAAAAACUCUAACAGACAUUUUGUCACCCGUCACACAUCAGAGGAAUUCUGCUUUGAUACACUUUUGGUCCUAAUAUCGUAGUUUCUUCCAUCGUUUACUUCAGUAAUAGAAAACAUUGGCUCAAGAUACCAGAAUUUUAAACUUCAAUAAGACACUGUAGAAAAUCCAGUGAUAUUGAUACUUGUAUUUCAAAUUUUGCCAACCUUGAUUUUGCUCUCCAUGUUAGGCUGACAUCAGGAAACCCCACUCAGACGAGCAGAAAACCAACAAACCUGCAAGUUAGACUGACUUAUUUUGAAGUUGUCUUUAUUUGACCAGAAUGUCAUUCUUAUUUCACAGACACAGCAAAAGAUGGAAGAUGAAAUAAUUAACAAAAAUACUGAUGAAACAUUGACUGCAUGAUUUGAAUUUGACUUACAGUACAUACCAUAGUGUGUGCACAGUUUAUUUUGCAGUGAUUAUUACCAACCUGUAAAGAAAACAAUUUCAGUUUUUCCUCUGAAAGAUGAAAAAGUUUAGAUCAUUUGGAUACAGAAUUUUGUUUUCUACUUUAAACGUUGUAUGCUUUUAGACUGAAAUGUAGUAAGUAAUGAUUUAUUACUUUUGGUUAGGCUCAAGCUAUAACCACUAGAAAUGUUGGGAAAAAAAUACAUAAAUAAGAUCUAAAAAGUACAAAAGCUCUGAUUCAUCCUCAAACUAAUUUUCUGUCUUCUCUUCUUUUGUGUCAAAGAGCUCAGAAAAAAUGGGCUAGUAGAUUGAAAUAGAGGAAAAUAAGGCUACCAAAAAGGGCAGAAAAAUACUUUUGGAAGCCAAAAAUAUCUGAAGUUUAAAUUAUUAAGAGACAAACUUAUGCCGGGUAUUUUUGACCUGCUUCCUCAGCUGGGUGUAACUAUCUGUAUUAAGUGAAUUAUAUGAAACACAAAUCCUUAAGCAUUCAAUCAAACAUCUUUGUUUUUCUUUUUAUCCAUAUUGGUCUAAAAGUGUCAAUCAAAGAGAGGUUUUCACUGAUCCAAAAUAAUGGUGCCAGUACUGUUCAUAACUGAGGUAUACACUUCGAUGUUGUUUUGAUAGCUUGUAUAGUUAGUACUAGCUUUGUUACCAUAAUGACAUAAGAUUUUAUUUAUCAGAAAUAUUCUCCUGUUAAGUGUUUGACAUGUGAUGAUGGCUUGAUACAUGUAAAUAUCACCCUGUUAAUGCAAACUAAGGUUUAUCUUUCAGUGUAAUAUAGCUUCUUUUAAAGCAGCAGUUUUAGCAGAAGUAUUAGUGCUACACAUCUGCAUUAAAUACAGUAUUUCUGUCUACUUGAAAGUAGCUGUUUUUUAUUUUAAGUUUCCUUUUUUUUUGUUUUAGAUUUGGUGAAGUCACUGCUUGUACAGAAAUGUGAAUUACAUGUACAAGUUCAUUAUUGUAUAAAAGCUGAUGACAAGAAAAUAAAAAUGAAGACAAAAAGGGA